GUCAUAGUCAACAAUCCGAUUGAAGAAUAAUGAAGAAAUGACGUAUUCACUUUUUAGCUUUUGAAAUGCAAUGAUAAGUUGGUGAUACUCAGCUCUCCAUUAGUUCGGGCACCGGUGUUGCCGGCUAAUGCCGUGUAUUUAAUUUCUCCUAAUUUUUAACGUGACGUGCUUUUCCGCAACUGAUAGUCAUUCAAUAUGAACCUGUGGCAGUCAAUAUUUCUAUUUAUUGCUGUUUUCUCGGCAUUCGUGAAUAGUGCAGUUAUUGUGGACGAUGGUGAUGUUGAUCAGCAGGGGCUGUACAGUAAGUCGGACCAUGUUGAGAUAUUGACGAACCGUAAUUUUGAACGAAAAAUAUAUGGACAAAACCAUGUAAUUGUGGCUCAAUUUUAUAACAGCUAUUGCGGUCACUGUCGAGGAUUUGCACCUAAAUAUAAAGCUAUGGCUGCCGAAAUGAUAAACUGGAAAAACUUGAUAAAGUUAGCAGUUAUAGAUUGUUCUGUAGAAGAAAACAAUGAAAUAUGUAGACAAUUUGAAGUUAUGGCAUACCCAUCCCUUCGAUAUUUGCAUGAGUAUUAUGUGAAGGGAAAUGGCAAUGUCGGAGACAAAAUACAAAUAACUGAUACUCAUGAGAAACUUAAAGCUCAAAUCAUAGCCAAAAUGCAAAAUGAACAAGCAAUGGGUCGUUUUUCCUUUGGACCAUCAUUAAGCAUUGAAUCACUUAACAAUUAUGCUUCAGUAGUUAAAGAUGCGCCCCAGGACAUCAAUUACACUUUCCUAAUAUUAGAAAAUAUAAAUUCGACUAUUGGCUCAGAACUGGCCUUAGAUUUAAAUGAUUAUCCUCAUGUAAGAGUCAAAAGAGUGCAUGAAAAUAGUGAAAUAGCUGAAACAGCAAAUAUAAGACAGACCCCAGGACUUGUGGCUGUUAGUUCAACACUUGAGUCUACAACACUUGUCCCUAAGGAUAACACUAAACUUGGCUUGCUGAAAACUAUCAAUUCUUUCUUAAAAUCCAAAAACUAUGUUUUCCCAACUAGGGAUCAAGGCAGUCAGGAAAUAAUGACUAAUGAGCAUUCAGAUGAAAAACAACAGACACUGAAUACUGAUUUCGUAUUUUACAGUGACCUAGAAAAAACUAUUAAAACCAGUUUGCACACAGAAAUAACAAGAUUCAAAACUUUGACUGGGGAACCUCUACAAGCUUUGUUAGAAUAUCUUCAAGUCAUUAUCACCUCAUUCCCAUUUAGAGGAAAUCUAAAAGAAUACAUGACUGAGUUACAUUCCACACUUAGUACAAAGAAAAGUUGGAGUGGCAGCGAAGUCUAUGAGUUGGUGAAACAAUUGGAAAGUGUUCAUGCACCAGUAUAUACAACCAAUUUGGAAUAUGUGAGGUGUAAAGGCAGUCAACCAAAGUUCCGUGGUUAUACUUGUGGUCUUUGGACUCUUUUCCAUACCCUAACAGUAAAUGCUGCCCAGAAACCUGGUGCUGAGAGUCCUAGAGUACUAAGAGCUAUGCAUGGCUACAUUAAAAAUUUCUUUGGCUGCACAGAAUGUGCUGGACAUUUCCAAGCCAUGGCAGCAAGAAAUAGAAUUUUUGAUGUUAAGGAAAAUGACAAAGCUGUCCUCUGGCUGUGGAUAGCACAUAAUGAAGUAAAUCUUAGACUAGCAGGUGAUGUCACAGAAGAUCCAGAGCAUCCCAAGAUUCAGUUUCCGAGUGUUGCUAAGUGUCCUGAGUGUAGACUCGCCAGAGGUGCUUGGAACUUACCAGCAGUCUACAUGUACCUGCAAAAUGUUUAUGGCUCAUCAAACAUCCAAUCAAUGCGUCGUGCAAGGUCGUCUGUAGCACCAGCGAGUCCAUUCUCCAACUUGGACAUCGGAAUGCUAAGUCUCCUUACGUUUCAUCGCUAAUUCGCAACUGAGUGGAAAAUGGACUCUGGGUUAAGGUACAUGUCAGCGUAGUUGAUGUUUGGAGAAAUUGUCGCUGGCAGUAAAUAAUUUUUAUACUCAUGUCCUGUCGUACCUAAACUUAGAGCUAGUUUUUAAGAUAGAAAUAUUGUUAGUUGAAUUUUUAGAUGACAAAUUUUACAUUUUAUAGAAGUCGUAAUACAUGUAUUGGACAUAUUUGUUUUCACCGUUAAUAUGAACGUAGCUAUCGAGAUAAUAAUUUUGAUUGAUCUCACUGCUUUCAAUGAAUUGACGUCAUGUAAUAAGGUGAUUUUGUCUUGUAAUUACUGGACUGUCGCAAUACAGAACUAUAAAUGUUAA